AUAAGGUUUAAUAGGAUUGAAGUUAGUACUUCAAUGGCAAUGGCUUUAUCUUCUUCAAUGAUGUUCUCAGAGUAUAGAAAAGCUCAAGAGAACUCAGCCAUCGUCUCAGCUUUGACUCGUGUUAUAUCCGGCAAUAUUGAUUCAGUUGUUGUCACUCCAAUGCCAUUUGAUCAAAGCUCAAGAGAUUAUAACUUCUCCGGAACUGCAGGAGAAUCAUCUUCUUCAUCAAUACCAGAGAAUGUGAAUGGAAAGAUAGGGAAGGAGAUGAGACAAGAAUAUCAUGAAGAACAAUCAAAUAUAGAGAGGAGAAGAUAUAGAGGAGUAAGACAAAGGCCAUGGGGGAAGUGGGCAGCUGAGAUAAGAGAUCCUCAUAAGGCUUCAAGAGUUUGGUUGGGGACAUUUGACACAGCUGAGGCUGCUGCAAGGGCUUAUGAUGAAGCUGCUCUUAGGUUCAGGGGAAACAAAGCUAAGUUAAAUUUUCCGGAAAAUGCUUGUCUUCAUCCAACCUUCUCUACAUUGACAACUAUACCAGUUAUUUCUUCUCCUCAGCAACCAACUGCUCUUUUGGAUCAGUAUUUGUAUUCAAGUGUUGCUCCUUAUUCAUUAUCAUCAGUUUCUUCUUCUUCUUCUAAUGCUAAUGCUAAUGCUAAUGCUAAUGCUAAUGCUAAUGCUAAUGCUGUGGUUGUUUCUAGUCAUGAUGCAUUGAUUUACAUGCAGCAGCAGCAGCAGCAACAGCAGCAGCAGAGUGAGUUUCCGGGGAAUUUUUGGAUGGAUUCAAGAAGGUUUAAUCCUCCUUCUGAUGGGUGA